AUGGAGCAGAAGAGAAUUAAAUCAAGCGGUGGCAGUGGCAGUGGCAGUGGCAGUGGCGGUGUUCGUGGUGGCCGUGGCAGUGGCAGUGUUGGAGUUUCGGAGCUUUCUCAUGAUUUAGCGAUCAAAGUUCUAACAAAGCUCCCGGCGAAGUCUCUUAUGCGAUUUAAAUGCGUAUCAAAGCUCUGGUUCUCAACCAUCACCGACCCUCACUUUUCGAACGAUCACCGUGCUUGUUCUCGUUCGCGCUCUACUUUCUUGAUGGCAUAUCCCGACAAAGACAUCGACGGCGAUUACUUUCGCUUCUUCUACGCAGUCCGGGGCGAAUCAGUAAUCCGCCACCAAUUCAGUGUGUCCCUCUCCGAGUACGACGGAGUUACUGAAGUCAUUAACGGUCUCUUUUGCUUGCACGCCAAUUGUCGCCCCUUCCUUUGCAACAUCUCUACCCAUGAAAUCAUGGAGCUUCCUAUCCCAGGUACUACAACUUGCUUAACCUAUGAUUAUUAUUUCGGGUUUCAUCCUACUACUAAGGAAUACAAGUUGCUUCACUCUGGGCAAGGACGCGUCGUGGAGACAAACACAUCGUCCGCCCUGGAAUCGAGGUCCGAACUCUAUUGGAUUGCUUUUAGUCUCAAACACGAAAGGUUUAAAGUGAUUCAAAAGCCUUCAGAGACCUUCAAACACUGCCAGUUUGUACAACUUGGAGGCCACCCGGCUCUGAUAGGUUUAGGAGAUCAGAGGUUUGGUUUGGACGGUGUGUUUGACAUCUGGAUAUUUAAGAAGGACUAUGAAAGACGGUCAUGGUGGUGGAUGAAGAGGGUCAUUCGGAUUCCAAGUGAAUUGACCAUUGAUGAAUGUUGUGCUCCUGCUGCCAACAUAUCUACUGCAAAUAAUUUGUCAAGAACCAAGGACACUAGGACAACUACACCGAAUGAUCCUACUUUCUAA